ACAAACAUGGCGGAAGUUGCCGAAAAGUGUGUUUAUCUUGUCUACAUGGUAAAAGGUACUCAAUAAUACCACCAAUUCUGUGAAUAAGGUUGAGAUGCAUUAAGAUUUUAAGCAAAGAUGUCUAAUAAUGACACUUCCCAGAUUUUUUCGAGUGGUAAAGUACCAAUCCUAACUGGUUCCCCGUUAGCUGCAAGGAAGAAAAAACAGUUUAACAGAGGAGGAAAACGUCACCAAUUUAGACACAGUGACUCGGAUACAGAUUCUGAAAACAGUGAUGAUGAUUUUUCCAUUACAAGUUCACAAUCUGCUCAUGCUGGUGUUCCUGUUGUGAAGAAGGAAUUACUAGAAACAAAGUCAACAGCUUCUAAAAGUAGGAAACGGAGGAAAGCUAGGCAAGAUUGGGAAAUAGUUGAAGGACUGAAGGAUGGACAAACUUGCGAUGAUAAACCUGGGAAUUAUCAAAGUUACAUGAUGAAAAAAAGAAGAUGGCCUUUGAAAGGCUGGCACAAGAGAUUUUUCUUCUUGGAGAAAGGAAAGUUGUUUUAUGCCAAAGCACCAGGAGAUAUACAGAAAGGAAAAUUCCAUGGAGUUAUAGACAUUGGUCUGUCUGUAAUAGCUUUCAAACGACACAGACACAGAAUAGAUAUUGAUGCUGAGGAUAUUGUUUAUCAUGUUAAGGUGAAAGAAAACAGAUCAUUUGAGGAAUGGAUACAGAGACUUAAACAUCACCGACUAUACCGACAACAUGUGAUAGCGUAUGGAACAAAAGAAUCACCUAAGCUUACUGACAUUACUUCACCAACGGAAGACAUUGGAUUUUCUACAGAUAAAGGAAGGGAACACAAACUAAGUGCAGAUGUUAUACGACAAUCAAGUUUUAAGAAAGAAUCCCAACAUAGUCGUGUAGCUACAUGGGUGAUGGACUCGGCUGGAUUUGAGCAUUGUGAUAAAGGUUUGAAUGAGACCCAGACCAUUCUAUAUGAAUUGAGAGAUGAUUUAGAACAACUAAGAAAUAUACCGUUAACACCAGAUUCAGUUAUUGAGAUGCAAAAGUCACACAUUUGGAAUUCAGGCAACAUUGAGAAGAAAAAAGAGAGAAUUGCAGGAACUCCCAAUGGAUUGAGACAAAGAGAUUCUCAAAAGGGGGCAGGUUUUGGAAACUGCUUCACUCUCCUUGAAGCUGAAAGUGAACCAAAUGAUUCGAAGAAGAAGAGUCGUGGACUUGGACUGAGGAGUAAACGGAAAGAGAAGAAGUCGAGUGACACCUCACUGACAGAUAGUGAUCUCAUGAGAACCAGUUCUUCCAAUCCAAACCUUGUACAUUACGAGAUUAGCAGAACACGACCCAGCAGUAUGUCUGAUGCUCAUUAUACCGGUGGAAAUGAUUCGUUUCUCAGUCAAGACACUUAUGUAAAUGAUUCCAAGUUAAGAGAAACUUUUGUAGUAAAGGCUGAGAAAGUUCAUAAAAAUCUCAAAUCCUUACUGAACAUAAUUGGAACAGAACGAGAUCGUCUGAAGCAAGCAGUUGUAGAUAAUAACAAUUGGUCAGGAUCAUCUGCAAGUUUGAAUAAACAUCUUAUUGAAGCAUUGAGGCAGAAUGCAGAAUUACGUAAUAAAUUAGCAAAGAUUCAUGCCGAGUCAGCAGUUCAAUCUGACACAAAACUGGUACCCCCAUCAUCACCAAUCUUAUCACCUGUGCUAAACUUAGAUAAGGAUCACGACCAUGUUUUAUCACAGUCUUUAUCAACAGAGAGUUGUUCAAUAUCAGAGUACUAUGAUGCCGAGGAGUUCCGAGAGUCAGCCAGUGAAUCAUCAUCUGAGCAAUCCGAUGAAGAUGAAAUUUCAAGUGAAGAGAAUGACACAGAUUAUACUGCUGUUCAUAGUGUAUCCGAAGACCAGUUAUCAGAUUCCUUUGAGACGGGGAGGAGAUCUAAGUUACCGGUUCCUAAACCAGACACCGGUGAUAUAAGUCUAUGGAAUCUCUUGUAUAAAAAUAUUGGAAAAGAUCUGUCAAAAAUAUCCAUGCCAAUCACACUGAACGAACCACUGAGUAUGCUACAGAGGUUAUGUGAAGAACUUGAAUACAAUGAAUUGAUAGAAAAAGCUGUUGGUCUAGAAGAUCCUUAUGAACGAAUGAUCCAUGUAGCUGCAUUUGCUGUCAGUAGUUAUGCAAGUACAGGGUACAGAGCUGGGCACAAACCUUUCAACCCACUGCUGGGUGAGACGUAUGAAUGUGAUAGGCCAGACAAAGGCUGGAGAUUUGUGGCAGAACAGGUUAGCCACCAUCCUCCAAUAUCUGCUUGUUACUGUGAUUCUAAAAACUUUAUAUUUUGGCAAGAAACUCGUAUAAAGACAAGAUUUUGGGGGAAAUCUAUGGAAAUACAACCUGUUGGCAUUGUCAAUCUAGUUCUUCCAAAGUGGAAUGAGCAAUAUAAAUGGAACAAAGUUACCACAUGUGUUCAUAACUUGCUGGGGGGUCAAAGAUGGGUGGAUCAUUACGGAGAGGUCAAUAUCACCUGUGGAGACAUCACCUGUAAACUUACAUUUAAAAAGGCUAGCAGCUGGUCCUCAAAAAGACAUGAGAUCCAUGGUCAUAUAAAUAAUCCUGAAGGGAAGGUUGUCCAUCAUCUGUCAGGGAAGUGGAAUGAAGCAUUAUACUGUGGUAGUCAUCAUGGUGGUCAUCAUCAUCAUCAGGCCACCAGUAAAUUAGUAUGGAGACCUGGUGCUAUGCCAGAUGAUUUUGAGCUGUAUUAUGGCUUUACAAGAUUUGCAAUAGAAUUAAAUGAAUUAGACCCUGAUGAUUCAAAGACACUGCCACCAACAGAUACAAGGUUCAGACAUGAUCAAAGAUUAUUGGAGGAAGGGAAGAUUCAUGAAGCUGAGAAUGAGAAGACAAGGUUAGAACAUCUGCAGAGAGAAAGAAGGAAGAAAGGAGAGACAGAAGGAUUUGAUUACAGUCCUAUGUGGUUUAAGAAAACAGGAAAAGAGAGUUAUGAAUACCUAGGAAAAUAUUGGGAAUGUAAAAAGUCUCCAGGAUUUAAUAAAAUGUCUUUUGUGAAGCUAUGGUGAACAGUAACAGGAAACCAGUAAAAUUGCAGACAGAAAAGGCCCAGUAGCUACAAAAUUUAGACCCCUAGCUUUAUAAAGAUGUGCACAUUGUGAGAUAAAGGAGCAAAACAUUAUAAAUUUGAUCUCUUCAGAAGAUUUGACAAGACGGAAACUUUUCUUAUUGUCCGAAAUUUGUGAUCUAAUGUGUCAAGACCUACAUUUCAGAAAAGGUUGUACGAUUAAGGAUCCUAUCGAAAUCCUUUAAAACUAUACAAUGAAAUAUUACCAUUCGUACAAUCAUUUUGAAACACAGGCCUUGAAUACUAAUGAUAUUGAGGCAUUCUUUCUUUUCCCACCAUAUUUUUUUUAGUCACUUAUACAACCUUUUUAUUUUGGGGCCAAUAAUGGACCUUCAGGCCCGUACUCCUUUCACAUCAUGUAUUAUUGAAAAAAAACAUUUGUUUUAUGGAAGUUUUGCUCAUGAGUUCCUCCUUUCUGAUGAAAGAAUAUUGGAUAUUUAAAUUCCAAUGGUAAAUUUAUAUUUCAGGAAUGGAUUUUGUACGUAGAUAUAGGAUAAUUGGAGAAAAUUUCACAAAUUUAGAGUAGUAAAAACACAUUUAUUGUAAUGUUGUGGGUUUAAAAAAGAAAUUUCAGAAAUUUGUGAUAAAGUAGCUUGUUUUGUAAUAAGUGACAUAGAUGAAACUUACACAAUGGCUUUACAGAAUUCAACCAAACUUACAUAGAUUUUUUCUCCUGGAAAUGAAGUUGUACACUUGCUAUUAUUUUUUAUCCGAUUCUAAAACAUGGACUCAGCUAUUUCUUCUUGUAUUAUUUGAAGACUGACACAUUUUUAUAUAGGUUCUUCGGAAAGUCUUCUUAGCUAUUGUCUUUCAGUGCUAUUUGAAUUGCAAUUAAUUGUUUCCUAAUUUGUCACCCACCAUAAGUAUAUAUGUAGACAUGCUAGGUAUCUUACAUGUACAUACUCAUAUAGUAUAUGACAUUGAACAGUGAAUGUAGAUAUCAGGCUGGAUGGAACCAAAUAUCAUUCUUUCAUCUCAAUCAUUCAGAGAUGGAUAGGGAAAUCAGGAUAUGGUCAAAAGUCAGCUUUCCACACAUGUUAGGGGGCUUGAACCAGUCAAAUAUAACAGAAAAUCUGGGUCGAUGAUGUCAGUAAUUUCCCUGCCAAUGAUAGAUCAUAUAUUACAUGUUAGGUGUUCAAAAACAUUUUUUUUGCGGAAAAUAUCUUCCAGAAUUGGUUGUAGGGGAAUGGGUCACCAGACUUCAGUUUUCAUUUGAAAUUAGAAAGAUAUCCUGAACAACUAUAUCAAAUUUUAUUAAUGAUGGGGUAAAAAAUAAUUCCUCUCCGACCCCACUCCCUCUAUACAAUUAUUUUUGGAACAUCCCUCAUGUUUGUUGGCUCACGUAGUUGGUAUGCUGAGACAGUAUUAUCUCAGCCCAUAGCAAAAUUGUGAUAAUAUUAAACUAAAAUUAAUAUUAUUAUAGUCCUAAUGUGAUUCACAAAUAUUCUCAUGUGUGAAGUAGUGCUGAAUGAAUUGUUCUCUCUAUGUAUCAUUUACUUGUUUAAAUAUUAUGUCUAUUAACCUUGUUUUAUAUGUAUGUAUGUGUGUGGUCAUUAUCAAAUGUUUGUUGACUUAGAUAUACACGAGUGUGUUUUCUCCCACAACAAUAUCAAUAGGAUUUUAUGCAAUUACUGGUAUAUGUUGACAUGUGUUAUUGUGUUUAUGCACCUGUGUCCGUUUGUGAUUUUAUAUAUGUAUAUAGUUAUAUUUACAGUUUUGCUACAUUUUUUUCUGUUCGAUAUGGUAAUUUUUUCUGUAGACUGGCAAUAUUUAUUUCAUUGUUGAAAUUAGCAGGAUCCAAUAACUACUGUAGUAGUUCUUUACUCUAAUAAGUGGGUCCAUCCGUGAUGAAAAUAACUCUUUAUAAAUCUUGUGUGUUUGAAGGUCUUUUCUGAAUUUACCUUCAACAUGAUUCACAAUCCCUAAAAAUAUGGAAACCACAGAUGUAUAAGUACCAAAACUUAUAAAGAGCUAUAUAAUCAAAGGGAAGUAAAAAUUAGUCAAAUUCGUCGAAGAUCAACUUUGCCUGAAGGAGUCGAAAACCUUAGUUUCGGUAUAAUUUCUUAAUUUAUCAACUGAGAAUUUAAGAUAAAUUUGUUAAAAACUAUGGCAGCACUGAAUCGCUGACAUUUAAGCUGAUGAUACUCUCUGAACUAACAGUCCACCAGCAGUGGUAUUAACCCAGUGCUAUUAAAUGAAAAUAACACUUGAUCCUUCAUUGUAUGUCAAGAAUGUGUAAAGGGAGACAACUGUUGUAACAGCAAAUUAUAAUGUUGUAUGAAAUAGAAAGUUUGAUGGGAUAUUACUAACUGAAUCAGUUUAUAAAUUUAUGUAAUAUCUUAAUGACAACUUUUAUACAUACAAUAUUGUGUGAACAGCAUUCUUAUCAUAAACUUAAAUUCUAGUAGAAUCUUUUUUAUGUUUUUUGUCCAAAUUUUGAGAUUUGAGAUUUCACCACUCUUUAGUAUUUCCAUUGUUUUGCGUCAAUGGUUGUAAUAAAAUUUGAUAAUUUUGCAUUCUCAAUAUUUCUGUAACUUUGAUAAUGUUGCAUUGACUUUAAAAGUUAUUUGGCAUACACAAAAAUUACUAACCUUUUAAGAUUUUCAGUCUGACUUAGUGCAUUAAGUUGUUGUGUAGGACUUUAAACACCCCCAACUAAUAUCAUGAUUUAGUCAGAAAUAGUAGAUUUAGUUAUUAAUUUUAUUAAUAUCCGAUAAUAGUGUGAGUAUAACCUCAAAGGCUAAUAAAUUUAUAUAAUCUUUAUUUAAAUUGUAUCUUUAUGGUAACUAAUUUUCUGUGAAAAACAGUGCAAAGAAGUUGUUUUAAUUAUGAAAACUGAUGAUUGACCUUAUUUAUAGGUUGUUAACAAGUUUUAAAAUAGAACAGAUAUAACUAUGUGUCAGUUGCAAAUGAAAUAUAACCUUGUGGUGUAAAUAAAAGAUCGCAAUAUGUAAAAAUUGGCGCAAAUGCAAUGUGCCCGUCUUUAAGUUUAACUUGCUCUGUACCAAGUAUAAUAUCGAAGGACCAUUUAAUGGCAUUAGUUAUAUGGCAUUUCUACUUAAAAUAAAAAAAAAAAUCAUAAUGUAUAACUCUAUCUCAUCUUAAUUAAAAAAUAAUUUGAAAAUAAUAAAUUAUAAUUCAUCCUCAAAAUUACCUAUACUCAAAUUGAUUCUGUCUGUGUACCCAAGAAUAAAUAAUAUAUUUUCACAUUUCUAUGCCCAGUCAACAAUACUAAUAAUGAAUCCACAGUAACUGACCAUUGUAGUAAUGGAAUAUGAUAUUCAUUCCUGUGGAACCAGUUGUGAAGGACCACCUUUGCCACCAAAAUGUAAUGUACUUGAUCUCUCAAAACAUUUUUUUUUCUGGAAUCAUGGAAAAUGAUGACUGUGUAGGUUUGUUGUCCAUAAAUAGGAUGUAUUUUGAAUGUAAAGACUGGUUCCAAUUUAUGUAUCUAAUGUUUUUGAGUUGUAGUUUCCACAUGAUUUGAUGCUUGUUUUCAAUAUUAUUUUACAAACUGCCCUUGCACAUGUAUAACACUUUUGUUUUUACGUCUAUUUUCUAUUGCAUAUCAUUUUAAAUUCUGUUAAUUCCUGUUAAAUAAAUUUACGCUGUUAUAAUGCUAUAGAAAUAUAGACAAAUGUUACACCUCA